AUGAUAAGCGCACCCCUACGCAGACUGGUUCUUUUUCUGGCGUUCAUAGUCUUCUCUGUUAAAGUGUAUGCUCCAUACUCACUGUGUAUACUCAUUCUUUUAAAACCAAACUGUAAACUAUCACGAAUUUUAUAAGAAGUCCUCGGAGUUAGAAAUAUUAUGAUAUAAGAUGAGGAAGGCAAAAAACAACCUGCUGAUGUCCGUCAAAGCGCUAUUUCCACGCAGUUGUAUCUGUAGACUUUUUGACCCUCUACAAAUGUUAUUUUACCAGAUCCCAACGGACGGGAUACUGAGUACGUGCCUCAACGGUUAGGGCGUUGGAUUUCUAAGGACCUGGUAGUGGGUUCAAGCGUCAGGGAUUGCGAAACCUAUGGUUGGGUAUGGCCGACUGCCGAAGACUAAUGAGCCAAAAAGUUGUCAUUCCAGCCUCCCUUGUCUUUGUUAGUAAUGUCAUUCUGCCUAUACAUAUAUAUAUAUAUAUAUGCAGAAUGAAAUGACCGACAGGGAAAAGGAGACCUGGAAUAACCAUUCCCGACUUGUUAGUUGUUAUCAGACAGGCAUGACCAGGUCCAGGUUAUGCAAGCCUCUGAGGUAAAAACCCGUGACCUGGCAGUUAGAAGCCCAGCACCCUAACUACUGAGUCACGGGUUCUAUUUCCUUGCGGUUGCGAGUGGGCAUGUUAACUGUUAGGGGGGGCGCUCACCUAGUGUACUACGGGACCUACAUGCCCUAUUGUGCCUUGGGGCUCGAUUUAAAGUUUACGUGCGGACUGCUGCAAACUAUGGAAUUCUUUAUGAUGUCACUUCUUUUGUUCACAGGCAGGCGGUUGGAAUAUGUGACUGGGAUGCGCGAACCUACACUAAUCAGCAAGGUCCCGUCAAUUUCAAAACUCUCCGCAGUGGGAGAUACACGGUGAGUUGUCUUUUGCCGAUUUCUCAUUAACUGGAUGUGUCCUUGUUGACAGUCUUUACUAUUUCGUUACAAUGAACCUCGUCCUUUUAUCAUUUCAAUAGACAGGAUACAUUGGCGAAGUCCCCUUUACCUCCAAGUGGUUUAGUUGGGAUACCUGUUACCUUGGUGAUGUGGCAUUCAAGUGCGUAUACGAAGACGGUAAGUCACACGAAGGACACUUGAUUCCCGUUGGAAAUAAGUACUGACAUUUUAACUGCAUCAUUUGUAACUCUUCCUAUACCACGCAGAUGGAAGCAUACUGGGAACGAAUAUAACAGUGCCAAACAUCACGAAUGCGGACGUGAUAUACAUCGACAGCACCUAUCCCGUGACGAUCCACAGGAUCGAAGACCACGUUCAGAAUAAGUCCUUAAUGGGUUUGUCAAUACUAAAAGUUCCAUUCAAAGUCCUUGCUCUACCAACCUACUUCCCCAACUAAUUUAUUCUGCACGCAAAUAUUUCAGAUCGUUUCAUUGUUGACAAAGACAUGCACCUGACCAAAUGCCCUAAAUAUAAACAAACAACACUGGUUUGGAAGUUCCCCGGAAGUGUGGAGAACAGGACGGCUGUAAGUAACCUUUUAUUCGCCGAAACAAGGCCACUGUCUAGAAGUAGUCACACGGUCAGUAUAAAAGAAAAACGUGUUUCUUUUCGCCUAGUUUGAAUGCUUUCGGGAGGGAACGAAGCUGUGCAGCGGGGUCACAACAGGGAACGAGACGGAUAAAUGUGGUGAGUUGAGCAACACAUACGUUGGCUAGGUCCCGACCGUAAGGCUUGUAACGAUUCAACUAUCAGUAGUGCCUCUGUUUGCAUUAAGGUGUUUUCCUGAAUGGAUGCCGCAUGCUUUAUUUGUGUUUUUUUCUAGUUGUGACCGUUGAGGGCGGGAACCUGGUUCAUACUCGGGUUGUGAACAGUACCAAAGACGGUAUCGAAAUCUUCUACUGCCGUCUUAGUUCAGCAACCCCGCACCGCGCACUGACCUACAACAUCGACUGGCGGAGUAAGUACUUGUGAAUAGCGAUUUCUUGAAGGUAAAAACAAGGAACUCAGAAAGCUUAUCAGGCUUCCUUAGUCUGCAGAUGUACACCCGACGAUGUCUGUUCAAGUGGAAAGACCGCGCAGAUGCUAUGUCAGUCGCGUCGUUCACUGUUGUGAAAAUAGUUACUCUCCUAUUAUUGAAGACUAGAAUUCGAAUGACUAAAGAGUUGCAAAAUACACAGCCACGAUCUAGUAGACAGUUCGAUAAAACCUAGGAAUCAGAAAGAGUGGGGGGGGGCAUUGUCUGGUAGCCCUCAGACUUACUGCCUGGGAUCGUUUUCACGAAGUCGCGCUGACUUUUAACUUUUUCAGACGCGACCGAGGUGCCGCCAGGUGGGAUACCGCACGGAGGAUUGUUUGCAGCGGUCAAACCGAAAAGUGGCUCCCCGAAUACAACGUCCGCCGCCAAACGCCUGACAGGUAACGGACAAUUUUUGGUAAAAAAACUUCAUUGAAACUGACAUUCCGUGCUUUGCUCUUUUUGCAAGAAUGGAGGUAAUAUUUACAGUUUUCGAUUUUUCUUCAGAAUCAAAAUUUACGUUGUGCAUUUGCGCAUAUUUCUGUUAUUUUUAGCACUGAGUCUGGGAUCUGUCAUGGCGCUGUUCGCCACACUUGCAGAACGCCACUGA